CCCGUCAGAGACACCGCGAGAUCACGUGACUUGAGUUUUACUUCCUUAAAGUGUAAACAUUGACGACCGCAGGGUACUUAAACAACAAGCCAUGGCCGAUUCACAGUGUUAAGCUUUUAGUAUUGCAAAAAAUAUUCGAUGUGACAUCUGUAAAGAGCUGCAAAGCGGCUGGAACUGAGGAAGACCUGGAUCGAAGAAGCUCCAAGGGUUUGUGUGCUGUGAGGGAAUGGGUUACAUGCCUUGCUGUUCCAAAUGGAGAAUAAAGGGAGCGACGAGGUGGAAACAUUGAAGACAAAGUUUGUGUCUGUGUGGCACAAUGUCAAGUACAGUUGGGCUCUGAAAUUAAAGACCUCUUUCAGUAGAAAUUCCCCAGUGCUUCUCCUCGGAAAAUGUUACCAUUUUAAGGCAGAAGAUGACGACAGUGUUGCAGAGGCCUGCUCUGAAGCCUGUGAUGAGGACUCUGUUGUGGGGAACGCGGAGGCUUUCCGCAAGGAUUUUACGUCCCGGGUGUGGCUCACCUACAGGGAGGAGGCCCCCCCCCUCCCCGGCUCCACCCUGACCUCGGACUGUGGUUGGGGCUGCAUGCUGAGAGCCGGGCAGAUGAUGCUGGCUCAGGCCCUCAUUCUGCACUUCCUGGGCAGAGACUGGACCUGGUCGGAGGCGAUGGCGCUGCAGCCUUUAGACACAGAGACGUGGACCACCAGCGCAGCCAAGCGCCUGGUGGCCUCACUGCAAGGACCCUCCAGGCCCCCAGAGCAUGGCCCACAUCCCCCGCUCCAGUCCCAGGCCCCGGGAUCUGCAGAGGAGGCAGAUGCUCAUUUGAAAGAGAUGUACCACCGCUCCCUGGUGUCCUGGUUCGGGGACAGCCCCUCGGCUCAGCUCGGCCUCCACAGGCUGAUCCGCACCGGCCUGACCAUGGGGAAGCAGGCGGGGGACUGGUACGGGCCCGCUGUGGUGGCACACAUCCUCAAGAAAGCUGUGGAGGAGGCGAUGGACCCUGGCUUGGCGGGUAUAACUGCUUAUGUCUCCCAGGACUGCACAGUGUACAGUGCUGAUGUCAUCGAUAGCCAUAGGGCACCAAGAGCAGGGCUGCCCUCUGCAGAGAGAUCAGAGGCCCCGCCCACCUCACAGAGCAACCAACCGGUGUCAGCCUCCACCCUGACUGACAGCCGAGCCGUCAUCAUCCUCAUCCCUGUGAGGCUGGGAGGGGAGAAGACAAACCCCGACUAUUUUAACUUUGCAAAGAGCAUACUGAGUCUGGAGUACUGCAUAGGCAUCAUCGGAGGGAAGCCCAAACAGGCCUGCUACUUUGUAGGAUUUCAAGAUGACAGCUUGAUUUACAUGGACCCUCAUUACUGUCAGUCUUUUGUGGAUGUCAGCACCAGCGAUUUCCCUCUCCAGUCAUAUCAUUGCCCCUCGCCAAAGAAGAUGCCUUUCAGCAAGAUGGACCCAAGUUGCACCUUAGGUUUCUACUGUAAAAGUGCUCAAGACUACGAGAGAAUCAGCCAGGAGCUUUCUAAGGUGCUGCAGCCGUCAGCCAAGGAGAAAUACCCGGCAUUCACUUUCGUCCAAGGUCACGGCAGAGAUUACGACCUGUCUGCAGGCCUGACCCCGGAGAAGAGAGAAUGGCCCUUUAUCCGUGACCCCCGGAGGACGGUCACCACCACCGGGGACUUUGUGCUGCUUUGACAGCGCGGUUUUAAAAGACUACUGACGGGGAACUUCUUCUAAUGAAUCACACUGCUUGAUACACAAAGCUUUGUGUUUUAGUCUACUGGGACACUGAUGCUUAUGGGAUUUUUUUUAAAUACAGUAACUCAGUUAAUACCUCCUGAAAACUUUGUUGCCAAGCAGUCUUUGCCAUAACUAUUUUGGACUCAUAUUUGUUGUCUGGAACUGUGAGCUUUUGGUGCUCUGAUUUUUUUAAUGAGCUAAGAUGUCGUCUUAUGCAAAGGAACAUCGAUUCUAGUGGAACACCUCAAUUUGCACCAAAUAUCGACAUACUUAUUUUGGAGGAUUUUUUUUUGUAUUACUUACUUCAUGUUUAGAAGUCUUAAAAGUAUUUUCCUCAUCAUGAUCGUAAGGUCCAGUUAAUCACUCCCACAUGUUUUCAAGGCUAACAGUGUUAUACAAUAUGUGUAGUGUCAUUGGAGUAGAGCGUUAUUUUCACAGAGCCACAUCUCAGUUGGGAUAAGAUGAUUAUUGUUAAGCCGUAAUUAAUAUGGGCAAAGGGCUCUCUGAACUUUGGGAAACUUUUACUAAACCAUUCUGCCAAAAACCUUCCAUUAUAAUAAUAAUAAUAAUUCCUUACAUUUAUUAUAGCGCUUUAUCAAUGACUCAAAGCGCUUUACAUAUACACACAUUACACAUAUAUGAUACAUGCAAUGGUCAGAUACUGUGGACAAUACCCACAGGAGCAAGUUCAGGUGAAUAUACAGGAUGAAUUCUUCACCUGUCUGAAUCCAGUCGAUACGGGACAUUUGUUCUGAACACACUUAUUUCAUUAUUGUGCCAACAUGUCUUUCAUUCACGUUACAGCUCAUGUCUUUCUCUGAGCAAUAACAUAAUGGUGUUGUAUGACGAUGUGGUUGUUUGCGUGCCUCCUGUGUUUUUAGGUGGUAUUUAUAAAAAAAUAGAUAGGCCAGAGAUUGUUAAAGGGAUAAUGCCAUGUGCUAUAUCUCAUCAAGCACUAUCUGUAAUGAACUACCCUUAACAAUAGAGUUAUUUAGAUAUAAAGUAUUUACUGUAUUUGUCUAAUUAACACUGAAGUAAGUUUUAAGUCACAAAAUUGUAUUGUGGAGUAGCAAUCUACACCUCAUGAUGAAAUCAGAGACAUAUCAACCUUCCAAAUAAUAAUAAUUUGAUAUGCUGCAUGUAUGAACCAUUUUGGUUAAUCAUUUCUACACAUUUUUAUCAUUUCAAACCAUCCCUUUUUUAUAUCUUAUACAAUACGCAAAAGAAAGAGAAUUUACUAACAUUUCAUAUUAUGGUCAUUAAUGUUUUUCCUUCUUUUGAUUAUCUUCUCCUCAAUUCUAGUCUCCAGCAGUGAGUAACUUAAUGCUAUAAUGCUUUUUUAAACGCCUUUACUGUAUCUCCAUCGUAGCAAACUAGUGAAGUGAAGAAGUAUGUGACAACACAUUACGAUGCCAAACAGGAACAUGCACUUUGUCUUGAUCACUUCCACAUGACUGAAGUAUUCUGCCUGUUGAAUCUAUUGUAUGUACAUCUUUGCACUGCAACAAAUGCACGUCUGUUUGCAUAAAUUCACUUCUAAAAUGUUCAAAACAAUUCAAACUGCCAAAAGAAAAGUGAAUAAAGGCAAAAUAUUUGAUUAUUUUAA